CCCGAUUCGAUUCUGAAGUGUCUCGGCGAUAUGUAUGACUCCAUUUGAACAUAUAAGAAAGGAGCAAAAUGCAGAGAGGCAGCGCGAACUUGAUUGUCAAAUGCACAGACUCGUGCACCCACGGAAAGCCAAGAGUCGAAUUAAAAUCACGACCCUUGUUGCUUGAACAGCUAUUCUUCUUUGCAUGAUCAAAGUGCAGCACAAAGAGCAUGGCGCAUUCGAACACACUUCGAAAAAUCCUCACGGAAACUGAUGCAGUUGUGGUGCUAGACGGAGGCCUGGCCACGGAACUGGAACGGAAGGGUUGCGAUAUCAGCUCAAAAUUGUGGUCCGCAGAAGUCCUCAUCAACAAGCCCACAUUGAUUCAAGAUGUCCAUUUGAGUUAUUACAAUGCAGGAGCCGACGUGGCAAUCACCGCAAGCUACCAGGCCUCUGCUUUGGGACUUCUUGAACACGAUCCUUCCAUGACUCAAGCAAAGGCGUUGGAAUUGAUACAGGACAGUGUGAAUCUUGCAAACAAUGCCAGAAUCGCCGCAAAAGAUGGAGGAGUAUCGAGGGAUCUUUAUAUAGCCGGCUCAGUGGGUCCAUAUGGCGCAUAUCUCGCAGACGGAAGCGAAUACCGCGGUGACUACAGUCUAGGAGAUCAGGCCAUGGCGGAUUUCCAUCGUCCUCGCAUCAGUGCUCUGGUCGCUGCUGGUGUGGAUGUUCUGGCCUUUGAGACCAUACCCUCCUACGAAGAAGCUGCUGUGCUCCUGCAGCUAUUGAAAAUGCAUGCUGACACGUGUGCUUGGUUUUCAUUCACACUCAAAAACGAAGACCAUAUCAGCGACGGCACGCCACUCCACAAAGUGGUAGACUUGAUCGGCAACAGUGAACAGGUGGUAGCAAUAGGCGUAAACUGUGUGCCGGAGCAUCUGGUGGUUGGUGCACUCAGAACGCUCCGUAGUCUUACGUCCAAAGCCCUGGUGGCGUACCCCAAUUCUGGGGAGGUGUAUGAUGCAACGACAAAGACUUGGGGCGGGCAGCACAGUCAAGGUGCGGACCUGAAAGACAAGGCUCAAAAUUGGUACAAGCUAGGCGCUCGGCUGGUUGGUGGAUGCUGUAGGACAACUCCUGACUCCAUUUACACCAUUAACGAAGCGCUGCGUUUGAAGUGACGGUGCCACACUCAGCGGGCACUGAUUUCUGAGCAAGCUGUCUUCUAUACAUGAAAUAGCUCUUCGCAUACAGCUUCACUUCAAAUUUGCAAACAGUAGAAUUUCCAACAGCUUAUACUUCCAAUGAAGUCUGUGUAAUUCAGCAAUAAUCUUUGCGACGAGACGUUCCUCUAG